AUGCGAAAACGCUCGUCACUAGUGAUCACACUACUACUCCUAUACUCUUCGCUCCUAUCUACAGUCUCGGCAACAAAAGUGAAAAUAGAACCGUUUGAGCAUCUCUCGUUCCUCUCGCAAACAUACUUUGUCGAAUAUGACAAAUUAGUACUACCACAAAUAUCGAACUUUAAGGUCGCCGACUUUCUAGACAUGGAUGGCCAAUCAAUUUCGUCACUUGCACAAAAAUUUUUAGGAAAUAUCAAAUUGUCGGGCGUAAAUUUCAAACUAAGAAACUCGUUUGACGAGUUACUUGAUGCUGUGACGAUCACUGUUGAUAGUCAGGACGAUUUGGACAAGUUGAACAGUAUGAGUAUCGUAAAGAGUAUCCAGCCUGUGUCGGUUGUUAAUCGCCCGAAAAUACUUGUGAAUGACAAUAUCAAUGACAGUCAAGUUUCUCCGUCACUUUUUUAUACCGAUAAAUUGACCGGAGUUGCCGAGGUUCAAGCAAAAACGAAAUACAGAGGAAAAAAUAUCAAGGUUGGAAUAAUUGAUACUGGCAUUGAUUAUACACAUCCAGCAUUUGGUAAUUGUUAUAAGACGAAAGGAUGCAAAAUUCAAUAUGGAUAUGAUUUUGUCGGUGACGCGUUCAAUGGCACUAAUGCACCGCAAAGUGACGAUGACCCAUUGGAUCAAUGUUCCGGACACGGAACGCAUGUGGCUGGUAUUCUCGCAGCUGAUGAUAAGGUCAAAAAUUUUACUGGUGUCGCACCCGGUGUGACGUUAGGAAUAUACCGAAUUUUUGGAUGCAAUGGCACAUCGGCUAAUGACUUGGUGAUUAAAGCAAUGGAACGAGCAUAUAAAGAUGGAAUGGAUAUCAUCAAUCUUUCACUUGGAGCUAGUGGUGGUGGUUGGGCAGAGCGUCCUGCAGCAGCGGCCGCUGAAAAACUGAUUGCUAAGGGAGUCGUUAUAGUAGCUGCAAUUGGCAAUGAUGGUGAUCAAGGGAUUUUCCAAACUCAAGCACCUGGUGUGGCACUGAGCGCGAUUUCGGUCUCCGCAGUUGAGAAUUCGAAAUUCGCAUCAUAUUAUCUCACCAUCAGUUCUGCAUCCGACAAGAAGAUUGAAUACUCGACUCAGAACUUAACACGAUUCAAUAUUAGCGGAAAUCCCGAAAUCGUAGCCACAAGUGAUAGCAUCAAUGUGACCGAGGACGCAUGCAAAGCUCAACCAGCAAAUUCUCUAACCGGAAAAAUAGCAUUGAUUCGACGUGGAGGCUGUCCGUUCACACAAAAAUUGGCGAAUGCUCAGACAGCCGGUGCGGUCGGAAUCAUAUUCUACGAUAAUGUCAUUUCCGUGCUUUUCCCACCAGUUGUAGAUGCCAAAAUUCCAGCCGCGUUAAUUCGUGCAGAGAGCGGUGAAUUUAUAUUCAAUCAAAUAAAGAAGAACAAGAAUGUAACGGUUACCUUUUCCAAGGAAACUUUUCCAUUUGCGAAUCCGAAAGCUGGAAAAAUAUCAUCCUUCAGUUCGUUUGGACCCUCGAAUGAGUUGGACAUCAAGCCUGAAAUUGCUGCGCCAGGGGGUGAAAUUUUUAGCACUUAUCCCGUAAAACUUGGUUCUUAUAAAACAAUCUCGGGUACGAGUAUGGCAUCACCAUAUUUUGCAGGUUGUGUGGCGAUUCUCUUCGAGGCAAAGGGUAAAUUGAAUGCAAGUGAAACGAAAAAAUUGUUUAUGAAUACUGCGCAUCCAAUUCAAAUAUUUAAUGCAACAAGUCAGACACGACCGCAAACAUCGAUUAACAAACAAGGGGCUGGACUAGUUAAUUUAUUGGAUGCAUUAUCUUCAACUAUCAGCAUCUCGCCUCCUAAGCUCUCAUUAAAUGACACCGCGAAUCACAAAGCUCGAAACACAAUAAAAAUCAAAAACUCUGGAAAAAACACCGUGAAACUUACAGUUACACAUGUUGGAGCACAAGCAAUAAAUGGAUAUAAUUUUUCGCAAUCAUUUGUGCCACAACAACAACCAAUAUUCCAAAACUCGUUUGCUAAGGUAAACAUUUCAGAAUCGUCAAUCGAGCUUAGACCUGGACAAUUAAAGAGUAUUAAAGUUACAAUCAAGCCACCACCUGAUUUGGAUAACGAUGCAUACUUUUUGUACUCGGGACUUAUUCUCUUCACGGAUAAAGCCAAUAACAAAUCGUAUAGUGUUCCGUAUAUGGGAAUGAAAGGAAUCUAUAAAACACUUCCAAUUCUUGAUACUUCUGUCGGUACACCGUUCAUUCAAACAAAGGAUGCUGACAUCUAUACAGAUCGCAAGCAAAAUGUGACUUUUACUUUGCAAAAAGACGAUGAUCCAAUAUUAGUUGUACGUCUUGGACAAGGAACUCGUAUUUUGUCCGUGGAUGUAGUUCCAGCAGACACCAAAAUUCAAUCGAACGUUGGAGGACUAAAUAGCUCCAUUUCCUCUUUACCACCAUCAACACCUGCUUCAAGCACAGAGCUGUCACCACAUGAUGUUCAAAUCGGAGCUGAUGUAGUUCCAGGCUCGUUGGGUAAAAUUUCAAUCUGUGGCGUAAGUUAUUACGUUGCACGAAAUCAACAGACCGGUCCCAAACGUGCCACUCCAAUUAUCUGGAACGGAAAAGUGGAUACCGUCGAUGGUAAACGUAAUGUAGAAGUGCCGAACGGAUCAUAUCGACUAGUGGUUUUAGCCUUGAAAUUAUAUGGUGAUGAAAAGUCUAAAAAUGAUUGGGAAAUAUGGGUUAGUCCCCGAUUGGAUAUACAACGUCCGUAA